AAAAAAUCAAAAUGGCGCACAACCGUGACCGGGAAGAAUAGCGGAUGUUUCUUUUCACCGAAUAUCUGGCGAAAGAACAUCGGAUUUCCAAAGAGAAGACAUCUUCUUAUAAAUUCCAUCUUAUUUAAUGAUUAGUCAGAAAUCAUUCAUUCUAGGUAGAAGCCACAACCCUAUAUAAGCUAUCAGGGCGCCCGUCAGUAUCACCAUGGCUAAGACUGACCUGGAUGUGAUCAAGGAAAUUCCCGGCUACAAGGUCAUCCUCAAAGCCGUGGUCAAGAGUCAGAUACAGCAGCUGGUGGAGCAGCUGGCAGCACACACAGAUGAGGAGUCCGUGAUUCUGACAGCCAGCGUGAGUGAUGGGACCCUGAGUCACAUUGGGUCGGCGUCUGGGAAGUCCUUCCUGCAAGACCAUGAGGACUUCAAGUCGCAGUUCCUUGGCUUCUGCCUUAAAGAUCAACACCGCAGAAAGAUGGAAAAAGAGAGACUAGAGAGAGAAAAAAUAGAGCAGGAAUUACUGCAACAACAACAACAGCAGCAGCAGCAACAAAUGAUGUACCUCCCACCAGGUCCUCGGUUUACCAAAUCACCAAGUCAAUACGCAGCCAGAUACCAGAGCCCCCGACAUCAGCCCUACAGUGUUCCUCGGCCACGUAGACCCCAUGGUGUAGCCCAGAUGUCAAUGUCGAAGGUAGAAGAGACUGUGGUGAAAGCUGAGAGAGUGGAUAGUGAUGAUGCAUCUAAUCAAAGUGGUAUGGAUAAUCAGGGUUUGAAAACUAGUUCAAACCUUUCAGAUUCCGGAGCAGAUAAUGAUUGCCAAGGUGCGGAGUCAGAUACUUCAAACAUAGUGGGGAAUGAUUCUUUGAACGCAGAGCAGGGUGGUUCAAACGAGAGACACAAUAGUGAAGACAUUGUGAAACUUGAACCAUUGACUGAAUCAGAACUAGAUUUAGAAAUAACCAGAGUUGAGCCUGGGCAAUCGACCCAAGAGGGCGAGGAAUCCAAAUGGGACCCUAAUUCCAGCCAGGGGGGUGAGGAUUGGGACCCUAGUGUCUCCAUGGAGAUGGGUUAUAACCUUGGAGGGGCCACGGGGAGUGCAGAGGACAUGACGGGCCAGCAGGGAUACAAUGGAUCUAAAUGGAUGGGAACUGAGGGAAGAGUGGAAGGCCAGCUGGACGAAGGUGAACUGUUCUUUCCAAAGUAUAAUCUGGCCGACCUGUCUGUAGAUGAUGAAUCAGCCACUUCCGAUGUUUCUGAUAACCUAGCCAUGGGUGAAUUUGGCCCCCUGGACAUUUCUGCCAGCCUAGCCAUAUUCCCAUGUGAGUUGUGCGGAAAAAUCCUCAGGCACAAGCGCUCAUUGAAUCGACAUAUGCUUUCACACUCAACGGAUGGUUAUCAGUACCGAUUUGCCUGCCAGUAUUGUGGUCUAGGCUUCAAGAUACACAACGACUUUGUACGACACCUUCUCAUCCAUACUGGAGAAAAACCAUUUGAAUGCGAGGUGUGCGGGAAGAAAUUUAACCGCAAGAGCAAUCUUAAGUUGCAUUUCCGUCAGCACCUUCCCAAAUAGAACUGUGGGUUAUAAAACGUUGGUACAAUAACCAUCUUAAAUAGAGCUAUGGGGUAUAAAAUGUCAUAUAGAACUAUUGGAUAUAAAAUGUGAAAUAGAACUAUUGGAUAUAAAAUGUGAAAUAGAACUAUUGGAUAUACAAUGUGAAAUAGAACUAUCUGAUAUAAAAGGCCAAAUUGUUCUAUGGGAUGUAAAACAUGAAAUAGAACUUUUGGAUAUUAAACGUGAAAUCGAACAAUUGCAUAUACAACAUGAAAUAGAGCUAUGGGAUAUAAAACGUGAAAUAAAGCUACUGGAUAUAAAACGUGAAAUUUUAUAGCUUUUAGAUAUAGAACAUGACAUAGAGCUAUGGGUUAUAAAACGUGAAAUAGAGCUAUGGAGUAUAAAACAUCAAAUAGAGCUAUGGGAUAUGAAACGUGGAAUUGAACUAUUGGAUGUAAAAUAGAACUAUCGGAUAUAAAACAUGAAAUAAAACUUUGUGAUAUAAAACGUGAAAUAGAGCUUUGGGAUAUACAAGUGAAAUAAAGCUAUGGGAUAUAAAACAUGAAAUAGAGCUUUGAGGUAUAAAACUUGAAAAAGAACUAUGGGAUAUAAAAUGUUGAAUAGAACUAUGGGAUAUAAAUGAUCAAAUAGAGCUAUGGGAUAUAAAACAUCAAAUAUAGAUAUGGGAUUUGAAACGUCAAAUAGAACUUUUGAAUAUAAAACAUGUAAUUGAAAUAUGGGAUAUAAAAUGUGAAAUAGAACUAUGGGAUGUAAAACGUGUAAUAGAGCUAUGGGAUGUAUAAGGUCAACUAGUCAACUGGGAUAUAAAACAUCAAAUAGAACUACGAGAUGUAUAAUCUCAAAUAUGACCCUGGGAUAUUAAACCUAAAUUGGAUAUAAAAAGUUUAAUAGGACUAUGGGAUAUAAAAGGUGAAAUAGAACUGUGGGAUAUACAAUGUUUUUUAUAUAGAAUUUUAGGAUAUAAAAGGUCAAAUUAGACUGUGGGAUAUACAAGUUUAAAUAGAACUGGGAUAUAAAAGGUUAAAUAGAACUGUGGGAUAUAAAAUGUUAAAUAGAACUGUGGGAUAUAAAACAUCAAAUAAAACUGUGGGAUAUAAAAGUUGAAUAGAACUGUUAGAUUUUAAAGGUCAAAUAGAACUAUGGGAUAUAAACUUCAAAUAGAACUAUGGGAUAUAAAAGGUAAAAUAGAAUUGUAAGAUAUGAAAAGUUAAAUAGAACUGUUGGAUAUAAAAUGUCAAAUAGAACUGUGGGACAUAAAACGUUGGGUCAAUAACUGUCACUAACAGCCAGUGGUAAAAUUGCUGAGGUGUCUUGCAUCUCAAGCAGACCUUUUGGAUUUAGAACUGGGUCAUAGAAACGUUAUGACUUAGCAUGUGGUAACAUUGGAAACACGUUCUCAGGCAUUUUAAUACCAACUCUUAACAUUUCAAUAUUUGGGUCAGUGUGUACAAGACUGUUAAAAUUGCAAGCAAAUUUUCAAGUGCAUAUUGACACGAAUUCAAUUUUGUUAAAUUCUUAGGUCAGUGACUUAAGGUAAUUGUGUGCUAUGAUGACAUUGAAUUGAUCUUUGCUUCAUGUCAUGAGAACAUUUAUUUCAGUGUUCAAGUGCAGCUGUGGUAGCAUAUUGACUGUAUAUUGUGUACCAUGAUUUUGCUGGAUAUGAACUCUCACCAAGAAAGACUGUAUUAUUGUAUGUUGUGUUAAUUUUGUGUGCAUUUAAAAUCUGAAAAAGAGUAUGUUGUGUAUGUUUUGUUAACAUGUAAAAUAUGAAAUUUGUAGUGUAGCAUUUGUAUUCCUUACAAUUGAUUGUAAUUUAAAUUGUAACAUAAAAUUUUGAAUUAAAGUAAUAAGUAUUGCGAAUGUAUGCCUGUACGGUAUUGUUUUGUUAUUGUGUUUUAUUAAUUCAAAUGAGCUCAUUGUGAGACAUUGUUGUCUUUUGUCAUUUGUUGUUUGUCGUUAACUUUUAGCACAUUACCGCUCAAGAGGCCACAUUUCUACAAUGGGUUCAAAUCUUAAUAAAAAAAAACUAAAUUUGUUCCCAGUGUAGAAUAAAACUUUUAAUUCAAUCUGGAUAAAACGUAGUCAUAUAUAGUGUUCUUUGCAAUAUCUUGGCUGAGAUUGAAUCAUGGUCAUGUGCAUCCAAAACUAGGUCACAAUAUUAAAUAUUUAAAAAAACUUGUUGCCAUAAAGGUGGUCUUAAAUUAUUACUUAAUAUGAAAGAAAUUUGAUCAGAAUGUUUAUCUUGACAGUAUAAAGUUUCAAUUCAAACCAGGGUAACUGUGUGCAUUUAUCAUAAUGAAACCAGGUCACUUAAGAUCAAAUCUUAGUAAAAUAAUGUUACAAAUCUUGAAGCCACAUAAAUGACUCAAUAUUGAUGAAACUUGAUUAGAAGGUUCAUCAUGACAAAAGGCUUAGUAAGAAUCUGGGUCACAAAUUAAAAGAGGAUAAAUCCUGAGGUGUUUGACUGUGACUUUAAGUAAAUGUCUGUUGACAGGGGUCUUUGGAGUGGGCGAAAAGGGCGAUUUCUUCGCCAAAUUAAUCUUCACUUCACACAUUAAUUUCAUGAAGGCCAAGUGACUUCUCCUCCUUUUAAUGAUUUACUUUGUGCCAAACAUUGACAGAUUAAAAUCAAUUUGAUGUGGAGAAAUGGACACAGGAGGAUUCUCAGCCAUUAGUGACCCAUGUACUGGUCAUGCAAAGUUAAACAUUCAAAAGAACAGUCUUGAGCUAUUACACUUCUUGAAAUUGCUAAUAGAUGAUGCCUUGAAUAAUUGCCUCGUUAAAUGGCCUAUUAAAACAAUACUAAGGAAUGAUCAAAUGGGAAGAUGUAACCUAGCACUGGCAAUAAAUAUGGGGCUCAUUUACAGGUCAGAUUUGGAAUCUCCGCUGUAAAAUGAGAUUUUAAAUGAAUUUUUAAUUUAAAACAAAUAUUUGUAACAAAAUAUGAAUUUGAUUUAAUGUUGAAUUGCUUAAAAUUAACAAGGAAGUAAAAAGAUUAUGAACAUUACUGGCUUGUUACAAUUGAAGUUUAUUUGAUACACCUGUUAAGGGAAAAAAGUAAUUAAAAGUACAAUCAUAUCAACAAUCAAUGAAACAUAAGGAAAAUGUUGGUUUUAUACGCAAAUGUACAUUUCUCCCAAAUAUGUUACCAAUUCUCCCUAUUUUGGCUUUAGAGAGAAGUGACUUUUCCCUAAAUUUUGAGCCUAGCUAGACCCCUGUGUUGAAUUGAUAUUUGCUUCUUGUCACAAGAACACUCACUUUGGUGUUAAAGAGCUGUUGUGAUAUCAUAUUGACUGUAUAUGUGUGUAUGAUAGCAUAUUGACUGUAUGUGUGUAUGAUAUCAUAUUGACUGUAUGUGUGUAUGAUAGCAUAUUGACUGUAUGUGUGUAUGAUAGCAUAUUGACUGUAUAUUUGUGUAUGAUAGCAUAUUGACUGUAUGUGUGUAUGAUAGCAUAUUGACUGUAUGUGUGUAUGAUAGCAUAUUGACUGUAUGUUUGUAUGACAGCAUAUUGACUGUAUAUGUGUGUAUGAUUUUUAUAUGGCGCUUUGAAAACAAACUCACUAUAAAGGACUUGUAUAGUGUAUGUUGUGUUAGUUUAAAUAUAUGGAAUAUUUUAUGCAGCAUUUUUUUCCUAACAAUUGUGAAUAAAAGUCAUAUAAUGCAAAGGUAUCCCAGUAUGGUAUUGUUUUGUAACUGUCAUUUAUUUUCUCACCUGAGCAAUGUGAGCUAUUGUAGGCAUCUUAUGUUUGUCAUCAAUUUUUAGCUCCUUACCACUUAAUGUUUAUGGAAGUUUGACAGAUUAUUUGUUGACCAUACCUUGAAUGAAUUCAAAUGAUAACCAAAAAAGGUCUCUAGAUCAAAUCUUAGAAAAUGUUUGUUUCCUGUCUUGAAUUAUAUGUAUUACUCAACCUUGAUUCAAAGUGGUCAGAAUGUUUAUCUUAACAAUAUCUAGGCAGAGAUCAAACCUGGGUCACAUGCAUCUAAAACAAAGUCACCAGAUUUAAUCUGAAAAAAACCUUCUUUCUAGUCUUAAAGCUUCAUUAAUGACUCAAUAAGUUGGUCAAAAUGUUUUAUCUUAAUAAUAUCUAAGCUGAGGUUGAAUCCAUGUAACAUAAAUACAAAAAAUUGGUCCAAGUCCGAGAAAAACGUUGUUACGCCUUAAGAGGCCUCAUUUAUAUCGUAAUAUGAAAGAAAUUGUAUCAAAACUGGUAUCUUUACAGUAUCUAUGUUUAGUUCUAGUCUGGGUCACAUGGGUAUAACAAAAGAGCCUUAUGAAUUACCCAAUCUCGAUGAAACUGUGUAAGAAUAUUUAUCUUGAUAAUGAAUAUGUUAAGUUAGAAUCUGGAUCAGGUAUUCAAAGAGUUUAAUUCUUAGGUCAUUGAAUGACUUAAAGUAAAUGUAUGAUAUGAUGACAUAAAUCUAUCUUGGCUCCUUGUCAUUAGAACAUUCAGUUAAGUGUUCACCUGCAGCUGUGGUGGUAUAUUUACUGUGCAUUUGUACAAUGAUUUUUAUGUUGCAGCUGGAAAAAAAACUUCCUAAGAAAGUCUGGUAUAUUGUAUGUGUGUUUGUUUUUAGUACAUUUAAAUCUGAAUUUUGUCUUGUUACACUUGUAUUCCUUAUAACUAAUAAAUUGCUGUCUUGUCAAUUGGAUUGUCAUGGAUUAUUCUGAAUAGAAAACAUUUAAAUUGCAAAAGUGUGCCUGUA